UUUGUCUGGUUCACAGUACAACUGUGACGGUCUUCUUUUUCCCUUAUGCGUUCUUUGAGCUUCCGUCAAAUCUUGUUUUGAGCAAGAUGCGGCCCUCGAUUUGGUUUCCAUUGAUUAUGGUCGCGUGGGGGCUUGUAAUGACCCUGAUGGGAAUUGUUCACAACUAUACUGACCUUCUAAUCGCUCGCAUAUUCCUCGGUCUUGCUGAAGCUGGUCUUUACCCGGGCGUCGCUUUUUACAUUACGAAAUGGUAUUGUCGACAUGAAGCUCAGCUCCGGCAAGCUUUAUUCUUCAGCGCGGCUAGCGUAGCUGGCGCGUUCUCUGGCUUGCUAGCUUUCGCAAUUGCCAAAAUGGAUGGUAUUGCUGGACUAGAAGGCUGGAGGUGGAUUUUCAUCCUAGAAGGCAUUCUCACAGUAGUCGUCGCUGUUUUAGCCUUCUUCGCCAUUCACGACUAUCCAGAAACCGCCAAAUUUUUAACUGAGGAGGAAAGAGACUGGGUUAUCCAUAGGUUGCGGUAUCAGUAUUCUGAUAACGCCGUGGACAAGGGAAAAUUCCAAUGGAAAUAUGUCAAAGAUGCCUUGUUGGAUUGGCAAGUGUACCUUGCCCUAAUCACCUGGUACGGAAUCGUGUGCCCACUGUACGGCAUUUCCUUCUUCCUGCCGACAAUCAUUAAGGACUUGGGUUAUACUUCCUCAACGGCGCAGCUUCUGACUAUCCCCAUCUACAUCGUCGCUGCAUUAAUCGCUGUUCUAUCCGCGUGGCUGUCUGAUAGACAGGGUCAACGCUCACGCUUGCUUUUCUUCCACUUGCUAUGCGUUGCUGCGGGCUACAUAAUAGUUAUUGCUGCUUCAGGAAGAGGUGUUCCGGGUGUUGUAUAUUUCGGGACAUUUGUGCUCGUAUCGGGAAUAUAUCCCGCUCUUCCUGGAACUGUAACAUGGUUGAGCAACAACUUGGCUGGUGACUAUAAACGAGCGUCUGGUAUGGCGAUACAGAUUGGUAUUGGAAACUUUGCUGGAGCAAUGGCUUCCAACUUCUACCGAGCUCAAGACGCCCCAACAUAUUAUCUUGGCCACGGUGUAGAGCUUGGAUUCGCAGUUUUCGGCCUCCUCGCCGUCAUUGUCCUCCGAGUUGCCUACCAGAGAAUCAACAAGAAGAGGGAAGCGCUAGCGCUCGAGCACAACUAUACGCCCGAGGAGCUGAGUAAAAUGGGAGAUCGGGCGCCAACUUUCAAGUAUAUGUUAUAG